AUGCAGGAGCACACAGAAUCAUUACCUACUUUGCAGGUAGAACAUUCCUCUCUUGGGGCAGAGAAUCAGAUUCUGCAGCCACAUGUGCAUCAUCUGACCAAGGAGAGCACUACUCAGAGACAAAUCAUGCCUGCCUUUGCCAUCCCAAUGAUGCCUUUUCCCUGCUCACUUAAGAAUUUCUUCCAGUUUCAUGGUGACUCUGACAGUCUUUCAGUGUUUCUUACUCAGGACUAUUUCAAAACUCUCAAGAUCCUCAAUCUUGUACAUGAUCCCCAAGUGAAGUUUUUUUUCGUUUUUGACUAACUAUCUCAGCAGAUGGGAAGUUGUAGGGUGAUAUCUAGGUCUGACCAGAGUGCUCUGUUGAAGCAAUAAGAAAACUGUUCUUGAAUUAUAGUGAUCAUUUGGUGAGUCAAAAACUACCAGGAAAUGAACCCUCUGGUGAAUUCUAAGGUUGACAAAGGGGACAACUCCUCUCAACAGAUUGCUAUUACUUUCUAGCUUCUUGCUCAAAGUCUGUGCUGCAAUAAAACCAAUCAGAAUGAUCACUUCCAAGAGGGAGAAGCUGACCCCAUUCAGAAUGAAGUGAGUGUUGCAGAUAUGAUGAACAACUUUCCAAAUCUGAUCACUCAGUGUAUUCAGUUGGACAAGAAACAUAGUGACAGGUCAAAGGUCUUGCAGUAAGAGGCUCCACUCCCAGUGUUGCCUUCCUUGAUCCAUCACCAAACCUUCUCCAUCACCACAUGUCUAUCAUUCAAGGAAGAGCUUAUACAGCUUCAAGGACGCCAGCCUCCUCUCGCCCCAGCCAAAGAAGCUCACCAGCAAGAAACUCAGUUGUGCCUCUACUGCAGCCAGGUUGGUCCCUUCACAAGAGAUUGCUUUGUCAAAUGAUCUCAAGCUCCAGCAAAGAUAAAUAACCCAGCUCAUCAAUAA